AUGUCGUAUCGCAAAGUUAUGGCCGAGGUCAAAUUUGGAGAGAUCCUCUACCGGCCACCAAGUAUGGCGAGCACAAAGCAGUUUAAGAAUAUAGGAGAAGACUUGUGGAAGUCUAGAACGGACAAGAUAAACGCAGAGCUAUUUACAAUGGCAUAUGGUUCUCUCGUAGUACAGCUCAUUCAAGAUUACGAAGAUUAUGCCGAAGUGAACAAGCAGCUCGAGAAAAUGGGAUACAACAUCGGGACGCGACUGAUAGAGGACUUUCUCGCUCGAAGUAGUCUUGGACGAUGUGCGGAUUUCCGAGAGGUCGGCGAGGUGGUAGCAAAGGUGCGUACUCGUUCAGUCGCUGAGCACUAUGACCCACCAACGAGAACUCAGGUCGGAUUCAAAUCAUUCCUCAACAUCACACCCUCAGUUGUGCACCAUCCAGCUCCAGGGAGCGGCACAGGAACGGCUCAACCCGCAGGAGCGACGCCACGAUCGUCGUUACUGCCUUCUCAAAAUGCCGCCAUACAGGCUCAAACGCAUUCAGCUCCUGGUGCAUUUUUUGUGCUCACAUUGGACGAGAAUCCAUUGGCAGAGUUUGUCGAAUUGCCUGAAUCUGCUCUCCCAACUGUCGGCGCUGAUUCGACACCGACGGGUGGGUUAUGGUACAGUAAUAUCCUAUGCGGGGUCUUACGAGGUGCGCUGGAAAUGGUUCAGAUGCAGUGCGAGGUCGUAUUUCUGAGCGACGUCUUGCGAGGGGACGAGUCGACGGACAUUAGGGUCAAGUUGGUUCGAUACCUAGAGGAAGAGGUACCAGUUGGGGAUGACUAA